CUGUGCCAGCCUGCUGUCCGGCUGCUGUCCUGUAUUUUGUACUCGCUCCCUGCAGGACAGGGAGCUUCUUUCAUGGAACGUCACCCCUGACACUGCGUUCCAGAGCUCCUCAGCGCUCCAUUCUUCCAGCUGCUCACCUGGGCCAGCCAGCAUCCACCUCCCAUGCUCGGCUGCUGGCUUCUUGUCCCCCUCCCCAUCCUGGAUACUAGGCAGUGUUGGGCAUGAAUGGUUCUGCUCCGGUAAACUGGUGACUCUUAAAGGAGCAAACAAAGCCUACUCAAUGGGGGUGAUCGUGCCCUUGGUGUGACAGUAGAUUGAAACUUCCAGGCAUAGAUACGUCUUCGUCUCUAUGGUUUCGAUUUAAAAAGAUAGCGACUCAAUACCUCAUUUCAAAUGGAUUCUAAACUGAGAGAAACGGAAAAUCUUGCAGAAGAUGGUUCAGCAAAAAAGAAAUUCAAUUUUAAAUCCUUCAAAAAGUUCUUUGGCAAAAAGAAAAGGAAAGAAGUACUGCCGGAUGUGGGAAGCAGCGGUCUGAAACAGAGUCAGUCUGCCAGUGAUGUCACCAUGCCAAUUUCCACUGAUUUGGAUUAUGAUUCUGAGGAUGAAAUUGAGGCCGCUGCUGGAGUGUUGGGAAGCAGAGCGGUGUCCCACGAUAGCAUUUUUAUUCCAGAGAAGGUACAAGAGACAGACAGGCCUGUACGGAUAUUCUCCCAGGAAAAUGUGUCAGAUCACAUUAGAGCCCUGCAGGCUAAAAUUCAGUCAAACAUAAGACAUGGCCCUCCUCCUUUUGGAAUGGUCGCCAAGAGGGGCGACGAUACAGGAACAAGUUCGGAAGAUGACGGAUUACCAAGGAGUCCUCCUGAAAUGUCUCUGAUGCACGAGGCUGUAAAAACAAGGUUCUUUGAUCAUCCUAAACACCUUAGUUCUCUCAGUUUGGCAGGAACAGGUAGUGAAGAAGAUGAACAGAUAUCAUCAGGGCAUUCAUCGAGGCCUCUGUCUCCUGAGGAAAAGCAGUACACACAUGCCAAAAGUUCAUCCCUGCAAAGAAAAGAGGGUCGUAGUCUUUCACCAUCAGCUGAUUUUGAUACUCCAGCUCAACUCUCAACCUUUCUGGAUAGUUCUGCGGCAAGACAUAGACUUUCUGUGAAACCAAGAAACCAGAGGACUUCCAAGAUUAGAAGAUCGUCUGCGGUGCUUCAGGAGGAAACACUAGUUGAUUUAACUACAACUGAAGAAGAACCUGAAUGUGACACAGAAGAAGCCACGUCAACACCUACUCAAGGAAAAGAGAAUAGCAAGAGUAUAGAGGUGGUGGAAUGUGGAACAAGUCCUUCUGAUAAUUCACAUCCCAUGGAAGUUUCAAAUCUAAAAUCACAUGACUCUGAAGGAAAGCAGAAUGAAAUUGUAAUGGGAGAUGAACCUCAAAUUUCAUUGGCACAAACAGAGAUCUCAUCUGAUAAAGUGGAAUUAAGCAACAAGUUACCUUCAGCAUUGGAACAUACCAAUACUUAUCCAAGUGCUGGUGUAAAUGCUAAAACUGAAUUAGGCUUGGUGGAUGCUUUACUUGUAAAAUCAAAUGAAAGAGCACCCUGCAGAUUAAAUACUGUGGACAAUGCCUUGUCUGAAUUAGUGUUAGAUAAAAGCAUGCCAUCUAAAACAGAUCAGAGCCCCAAAUUACCUUUAAGCAACAAUGAAGAAAAAGAAAUGAAAGAACAUAUGAAAAGUCUAGCUAAUGAAGCACCUCCAGUUGUUGAGGAGUUUGUUAUAACAAAGACAAAGUCUGAUCAGAUUCUCCAUUCAUUGGACUCCCUUCAUAUUAACACUCUUUCUUCUCAAUCACCAUCAACUGUAGAUUUUGCAUCAUUCCGACUUGACAAGUCUAAGGCUAUCCAGGAGCAGCCUGACAAAGAAAAUAACAAGCUUGUGGGUAAUUUAGAUAAAAAAUUAGAAAAACCAAACUCAGAUAUUGGACCACAGAGAAAGUUUUCUGUUUCAUCAGCCUGGGAAAGACCAAGAGGAGGCAGCUUUUCAUUCAAAGGAAAUGUUGAAGGUGAAAGUUUAAAAAACAUGAAAUUAUCUCUGUCCAAGUCUGAAAUGCCAUCAAAUGAAAAUGAGAAAGAUGAUCCAAGACUUCUUGGUUCUCACCCUGAAAGAAAAGUCAGUGCUAGGAAAAAGGGGAAUUUGACUCACUCAGAGUAUGUGUCUACAGACAAAGCUGCCGUUGGUUGCAUUUCUUCUGAGCAAAGUUCCACACAAGCUGCCAGUGACAUGUCUGUGGUUAUAGAACCUCAAGCAGGCAAUGAAGAGAAGAAUCCGUUUUUUGUUAAGCUAAGAUCCACUUCUAUGUCCUUACGGUAUAGAGAUGGUGUAAAUCAAGAAUCAAACAGAGCAAAAAGGCACAGUUCAGAAAUCAGACAGGAAAAAACAGGGCGGUUGAGUCCAAGCAAGGAUGGAUGUACAGAAGCCUCAAACACAGAAAUCAGUUCAAAAACAGAAAUGCUGAAAGCUAAAACAAAUGUCAAUGAACUAACUCAUGCCAGACCAGCUCUGCCCAAAAAGCCAGUUUUGCAAAACAUAACUGUUGCUGACAAUAACACAAAUAAGGAAGCAUCAGAAUGUGUGCCUCAGCAGGAAAAGAAAGUCAAAUCUCCAGAGACAAGGGCUGAAAAGGCAGUAUCAGAGAGAAGAUUAAGUAUAGAAAAACAAACAGAUAAUGUAUGUUCUCCGACAAGCACAGAAGAAUCUGCUAAAGGAGCAGAAUCCAAAGAACAGCCAUCAUGGAUAUCCAGAUUGCAGAAGCAGAGAUCCUUGAUGGAAGAGCAAGGCCCAAGAGAGAACAAACUUGUAAAUAAGGUUGCCGAAAGUCCAACCACUGACAAGGAAAGAACGGAGGCUCUUUUAAAGCCUCAAGGUGACUUGGUCCAGAACAAGACAUCAGUUGCAGCUCCAGGGCUUCCUGAGUUACAUGGACAAGAAAUCAAAGCUGAAGUGAAAGAACAGCGGCAAAGAUCGAACACAAUGUCACAUCCUAUCAAUGCGGAGAAGGAACAAAAACCUCCAGUCAGACGAAAUACCCAGUCCGCGUCUGAAGAACCGUCAUGGAUGGAGUUAGCUAAGAAGAAGGCUCAGGCCUGGAGUGACAUGCCUCAGAUAAUAAAAUAAAAGAAAAAACAUUUUAACGGACUAUUGAUGUUAUAUGUUAAUAGGCUCCUGCAUAAUAGAAAAUGCAGAAAAUGUAUGUUUUGUAUAUAUACGUGUGUAUAUAGAUGAUAUAUAAUGUGGACGCAUGUAUUAUGAGCGUAACAAAAUUUAAAUCAUGUAAUAUAAAAAUUGCAUAAUGCAGAAGCAAGUGUAAUAGGUCCUGGAGACAACACAAUAAACUAUGUUCUUGAU